GUCACUUCCCUCCGACCGCCAUGUCCAGACUUGUGCGCAUCUGCAGACUGCCCCUUGCUUCUAACACCGUGGUUCGCAGCUCUACACCACGGCUUCUUCCUACGCUUGUCACUGCGCCUGCCUACGCCGGAAGAUGCCUACCGUCUAGCUUCCGUGCUGUCCACAAUCCUCCAUCGCGGCUGCCAUGCCCAUCAUGCGGGGAACCUUUACCGACCUCCCUGCAAGCUUGCACAAAGUGCUGGACGAUAUUCCCCGUCUCGCAUGACAUUCCAUAUCACGAUCUGUUUGGGCUCCCGUACGAACCGAACCCCUUCGUGGUCGAUACGAAGACUCUACGCCAGCGCUUCCGCGAGGCUCAAACGAACUGUCACCCAGAUACGUGGGCGUCUAAAGCAGCGGACAAGAAGGACAUGGCGCAGACGGUGUCGGCCCAGAUUAACAAGGCUUACCAAACACUGCUGAAUCCGCUCUCUCGCGCUGAGUACAUCCUCGAAAGGAACGGCAUGCAAGUCGAUGAGCACGACCAUGUCGAUGACAUGGAGUUCAUUGGGCAGAUUAUGAUGGCUCGCGAGAGCAUUGAGGACGCUCAAGGCGUGGAGGAGGUGAACACGGCUGCUGAGGAAGCAGCAGAACAAAUCAGCGAGUGCUUGAAGAAUAUCGAAAUCCAAAGUGCAGCGCAGGAUUGGGCGGGUAUGAAGGAUAGUACUGUUCGACUGAAGUACUGGGAGGGGAUCCAGAGAGCAGCAGAGCAGUGGAAGGAGAAUCAUACGUAGAAUAGACUUGUCAAGUUGAAGUCGAAUUGACUUGUGAGCGUC